AGUUGAAGACUAAACUUGGAAAAGUUGGGAGGGUCUUCACUUGUCAGCUGCUGUGCCUAGUUGAGUCCCGAUGCACCUCGCACUUUCUGGACAUUGUUCCGUGGCCCUCCGACUGUAGCAAGUUGCUGAGAGUCGUAUAUAACACACGACCGUCGGAUUAAGGUCAGUUCGUUUUUGUGACAAAGGGUUUUCAAAAGUCUUCAUCCUUGAGCCAGAAGAUCUGAUGUGGUGAUUUGGUGCGUAACGGUUAUGAGCCCGGAACAGGAAGGAAACAGAUAUAAGUUAUAACCUAUUUCAGGAAAUAACAGAUUUAGGAUUUUAUUUCUUGUCCCGAAGAACUUGGACAACGACAUAACUUCGCCAGUGUAGCCUAUAACGUUUACCGUAACUUCUAGGCUUUUGGUGUGCGGGACAGUUGAACAUGGCUGACGGAGAUUUCUACACCAUGGGAAGUCGGCAGAGGGUACCAAGAGAUCCGUUCAGAGAGCCAUCUCUCGCGUCUCGGUUUAUGGAGGAUGACUUUGGACUGCCACCUUUCCCCGACGAGCUGUCUAUGGACUGGCCGGAGUGGACUCGUCCCACGCGCCUCAGCUCGCGCCUCAGCACGCCUUUCUCAGGCAGUUUACGGUCCGGCUUUCCCACGCGCUUAUCCACUGGCGCGUCUCCUGUGUACAGCACCAGAUACAGCGAGUCCCCCAGAAGUUCUCCAACGUUGACCCCGGGCGAGCCCUGGAAAGUUUGCGUUAACGUUCACAGCUUCAAACCAGAGGAACUUAACGUCAAAACUAAGGAAGGUUUUGUAGAGGUAUCAGGGAAACACGAGGAGAAGCAGGAUGAGGGAGGCAUAGUGACCAAGAACUUCACAAAGAAGAUACAGUGAGUAUUCAUCUCCUCACAGACCAAGAAUAGGUGGUCAACACUGGCUCUCUCACGACACCUUAAUAUAGUUUAACUUCUUUUAGUUUACAUUUACUGGAAUUCAACCAUCGAUUAUCAUUAUGCUC